AGAUUGUUUGGCAUUUUCUUGUUAUUGUGCUGUUUCAUUAUAAAUAUUAUACAAAAUUCGGAAUGGAAUCGAUCAUUGACCUGCAUCAGGAUGAUUUGAGCGUCCUGCCGCCGACGCCACAUACCAAACAAAGUGCUGUACACCAAGAUACACCAUUGGCAAUGAAAACUCGCCACGGUCGUAAGAAAAAUAAAGCUAUCGCUGAAUUGGAGUCGCCAACCAGUCGAGAUCCUCCCAAAACACCAACAAGUAGACAGCAUCUGGCAAAUGAAACGCCGAGACGCAGUGCGCGUAAGAGUGUGCGACCGGCGAUCGACUAUGACGAUAUUAUGCUACGUUCUGCCAGCAAGGAAAUAAGAAGCAAAGUAGUCGAAUUGGACGAGAAUGCUGAGGAGCAACAUACUCAGAAGUGGACUGCCGCAGAAGUGGGCCGCAAUUCUUGUAAGCGCAGUCGUAAGUCCAAACGCGCUUCUAGUAAGGUCAAUACCGCUGCGUUAGAGAAAGACGACGAAGUCGUCAAACUAGGUGUUGUUGUCGAGCCAUCCUCAGAUAUAGAUGGUGAUAAGACCUCCACUGAAACCAUACAAGAGGAUACUAACACCGAGAAAAAAGAUUCAGACCUGGGUGAUGACGAUGAACAAUGCUUAGUUUCAUUCGGAGUGGAACACAUCACAGCCGAUGAAACCGAUGAGGAGGCCAUGGUAUCAACCAAACAGCCAAUUCUGAUGGACGUGAAGGACCUGGGCUUGAUCCCACUGACCGAUAACGAUGAAAAAGAGGAAAUAAAGGUGGUGUCAACUGAACAACCUGCACAGGGCGUCCAUAAUGCAACAUUGGAUGACCUGGGAUUGUGUCCACUUGAGCCUAUGGACCAAUUCGAACAUGAAUCAGCGGUAGAUGACUUUGAAUGCGAAAUGCCAUCUCUGAUUAUGCUCGACGAUGACGAUCUUGCCGAUCCAAAUAAAUCUGUGCUCAACACGACCUUCGACGCUGAUGAAAGAAAGAGUGACGAACAAAAUGUUAUCACAGAUGCAGUAGUACCCAAAUCGGAGCAAUCCCGUACGUCGGUGAAGCCCUCGAUUAAAGUUGUUUUAACAACGGAGGACAAUCUUGACCAGACACUUUUGAAUUUAACUAAAUUCGCGACGAACACAACACCAUCAGGUCCCAAAAGUUCCAAGGGGUAUCGAUUCCCUACACCUUAUAGGUCCCAGACGCGUAAAUCCGCCAAGACGGUGGCGGCAUCGGAUCAUGGCACCCAAUUAGGAAGCAAAGAAAUUAAGAAACGACGCUCAAAUUCAGCCACCACUUGGGAAGAUAUCAAAUCGAGAACGGUCUCGUUCCGUAGUCCCAUUGAAGUCACUCAUGUCCAUGACAUUGAUAAGCGCUGGGAGGGUCUGAACACCAGCAAUGUCACAAGCCGUCGCAAGCGCUCAAAGUCUGUGGACGAGAGCCGCUCGAAGGGGAGCAGGAUUCCCCCGCCAAAAUUCUUUAAGAAUAACAAAGUGCUCACACCGUGCAAGGUGACGAAGCGAACAAAGCUUCCAAACUUUGCAGCCAUUCAUCAGAAGCAAUUUUCCACGAUGGAGAAUUUGGUGGACCACCUCAAUCGCAAGGAAUUGCGCGCCAAGGAGUUGAUUAGCUCAGGAUUGAAGCCAAAACAGGCAGCUGGAUCAUCCGUGAAGAAGAUGCCAAGUUCCAGUGAAUUGGCGUCUGGCGAUCGUUCCCGACCACGGGCUCUCAAGAAAAUUGAUUGGGCCAUCAACCCGACAGUAACCAAGCAGCCUGAAUGCACAUUCAAAAUGCAGUUACCUGAGCUCCGUCCAGCCGCUGAGGUAAAGCAGCCGCCACAAAGCCGGUUGCCUUUGAAGAGUGGCAGCAACAUAGUGGUGAAGCCACCAUUCAAUUUAUCAACAUCCGCGGUCAAGAAAUUUACGGCAACCAGUACAUUUGCUCCGACUACAGUGCAGAAGCCAACCGCGUUUAAGGAUAAAGUGGCAGAGAGACGCCAACGACACAUGGAAAUGUACAAGAGCUCCAGUGCCCCAAAGGAGAAGACCGGAGAUUUCAUACGGGGAGUGCGCUUAAAUCGUCGCUUUGAGCUACAGAUGCAGCAUCGUCGGCACUUGGAGGAGGAAUAAUCUUACAUUUAACUGUUCAAUUACUUUUACACAUACAAUACGCACACAUACAUAUAUGAUUUAUCUUUCCGGUUCCUUGAAAUGCGGGGCUUUAACAUGCUGCUAACAAAUUCAUUAAAGUUUUUAAUUUUCUCUUUUAA